AUGUACCAGGUAACAGCUGGGGGAGGAGUACCUGGAUUAGAUAGGAGCAGUUCUCUCACUGGCCUUUUCCCGCAGGUGGUUGCCUUCUUAGCAGUAGUCAUGGGAACCCACACCCUCAGUUUGCCACUUCAGAAGGAUCGUACCCACUGGCCCAGCUGCUGCCUCAGCAAAGGUCAGGACCCCGCUGAGGAGUGGCUGAAGUGGAACACUGUGCUCAUGCCUUCCUCAGAGACGGCUAGCUUCACCCACCACCCAGAAUCCUGCAGGGCCAGCGAAGACGGACCCCUCAACAGCAGGUCCAUCUCCCCCUGGAGUUACGAGUUGGACAGGGACUUGAACCGGCUUCCCCAGGACCUGUACCACGCCCGUUGCCUGUGUCCACACUGCGUCAGCCUACAGACAGGCUCCCACAUGGACCCCUUGGGCAACUCGGAGCUGCUCUACCACAACCAGACUGUCUUCUAUCGGAGGCCGUGCCCCGGAGAACAGGGCGCCCAUCAUGGCUAUUGCUUGGAACGCAGGCUCUACCGCGUCUCCUUGGCUUGCGUGUGUGUGAGGCCCCGUGUGAUGGCCUAG